GCGGAAGGCAGCAUCAUCGGCAGCUUGGAGUUCUGCACGGGCAAUUUGGGCAGCCGCUUGGUGCUGGUCCUGGGCCACACGAAGUGUGGUGCCGUCUAUGGGGACUUGGGCGUGGUUGCCCAGCAGGCCCAGGAGGAAAUGGGUCCUGGCGCAAACGCGGAUGCCAUCGCGGCCCACGCGGUUCAGGUGAACGUCUUCCACACCAUGAACUUUCUGCUGAGCUUCAGUGAGUCCAUCCUAGAGGCUGUGAGAAGCGGUCAGAUUGAGAUCCACGGUGGCAUCUACGAUCUGGAGAUAGGCAGUGUGGAAUUCUUGGUGAAGAGCCCGCAGCAGGCCCAGCUGCUGGAGUCCAGCAUGCCUGUCCCACCUUCCAUGUCGAGCGGCGCAGCAGCCGACCAUGGAAUGCACGGCGUCCGUACCGGGACCGACGUUGCAGUGAAGCCCGACGGCGCUGAAGCUGCUGAGCGCCUUGCUGUAGGCGCGCCCACGGCAGCGACCACCUCCACGGACAUGCGCGAGGCCUUGGUGAAGUGCGGCCAGGAGGCGCCCCACGCGCCAUCCUUGGCUGUGCGGACUCGCGAGUGCCCGUCGACACCGUCUUCGACGCGAUGCCCGGAGACCUCUUCGUGCUCCGCAACGCGGGCAACACCUGCACUCACGCAGCUCGGUGCAGAAGGGAGCAUUGUUGGCAGCUUGGAGUUCUGCGCUGGCAAGCUGGGCGCCCAGCUGGUCCUUGUGCUGGGGCACACGCAGUGCGGUCUCUUGCAGGGCUUGGCCGGGGUGGCGCAGCAGGCCAGCAAGGACCUGGGCCCAGGGGUCGAGGAGGCCAAGCUCAUCACUCACGCUGUGAAGGUGAACGUCUUCCACUCCAUGAACUUCCUCCUGAAGUUCUCUGAACCCCUGCGCGAUCUGGUGCGCAAAGGGAACCUGCGCAUCCAGGACGGCAUCUAUCACCUGGAGACGGGCCGAGUGGAGUUCUUGGGCUCGCCGCAGCAAGCCGAGCUGCUGUCCUCUAAGCGCUCCGUGCCGCCGUCCAUCCAGUGCGGCACGAUCCGAACCGCCCAGAGCGAGCCAGUGAUGCCACUGCGUGCCCUGGCCAUGCUGAAGGAUGGCAACGAGCGCUUUGCAGUGGGUGCCCCCACAGCUGGCAAGGUCCACCAGAGCAUGCGCGCGGAUUUGAACAACAUGGACGGCCAUGCGUUGGAUUUGCUGCUGCAAGGCCUGCGCUCCGUUGCGGAGACUGCGGCCUCAGAGGACGACAUUGUGCGACAUGCCAUCAAGCUGAACGUGUUCCACACCAUCAACUUCAUGCUGCAGCACAGUGAGCCCAUUCGACAAAAGGUGAAGAGCGGUGAGUUGGAGAUCCAGGGUGGCAUCUACGACCUGGGAAGCGGCCGUGUGCAGCUGCUUGGGUUCCUCGGACAGAGCCCCGCACAAGCCAAGCUGCUGCAGUCGCCCGCCGCAGCUGCGCCCUCCCUCGACCACAAGUUCCGUGGCGCAUGUGCCCAGCAAAGCCGCGAAGAUCGCCUGACAUUGCUGCGAUGGCGCAAGGUUGGGAGUGCCGUCAACUGCGGCCGGUGUGUUGUGCUUGGUGAGGUUGAAGACCGAGAGGCAUGGCCCGUCGAUGUCUCAGCCGAGAUGCGGGAAGUCUUGAAGCACGUGAAUGCUCUGUCGCAGUAUCGGGAAGAAGCACUUUCAGCCAACGACUUGGACACUGCAGGCCUGAUCUUCGAGAUGUGUGCUGCGAAAUGCAAGGUCCUAGCCAUGUCCUUCUUCUCCCAGCUGAUGGGCGCCCUGACGUGCGGCCAGUCCGACGGCAACAUGCGCUUCGUGGACGGACGCCCACUGGCCAACCGGACCAAUGCAGCGAUUCGCCAGGAGCUGGUGGAGCAGGGCCAGGCCCCACACACGGCCAUCAUUGGAUGCGCGGACUCUCGCGCACCCCUGGAGACUAUCUUCGACACCAUGCCAGGCGACAUCUUCGUGCUCCGCAAUGCUGGCAACACCUGCACACAUGAGGCUGACCAUGGCAUGCGUGGCGUUCGCGCAGGGGCUGAUGUGGCGCCCCACAGCGCCAUCCUUGGCUGUGCGGACUCGCGAGUGCCCAUCGACACCGUCUUCGAUGCGAUGCCUGGAGACCUCUUCGUGCUCCGCAACGCGGGCAACACCUGCACUCACGCCAGCAAACACUCACUCGGAUUUGGCUUCUCCUUCGUUCAGCCUCAGACCUGUGACCUGGGCCCAGGGGCCGAGGAGGCCAAGCUCAUCGCUCGCGCGAAGGUGAACGUCUUCCAUUCGAAGUUCUCUGAGCCCCUGCGCGACUUGGUGCGCAAAGGGAACCUGGAGAUCCAGGGCGGCAUCUAUCACCUGGAGACAGGCCGAGUAGAGUUCUUGGGCCGCUCACCUCAGCAAGCCCAGCUGCUGUCCUCCAAGCGCUCCAUCCCACCGCCCUUGCCAGCGGAUGGCAACGAGCGCUUCGCAGUGGGUGCUCCCACUGCCGGCAAGGUCCACCAGAGCAUGCGCGAGGCUUUGGCAACAGUUGGACAAGCGCCCCACACUGCUGUGGUUGGCUGUUCGGAUUCGCGAGUUCUGCUGGAAACCAUCUUUGAUGCCCUUCCCGGGGCCCUCUUCGUCCUGCGCAACGCUGGCAACACCUGCACACAUGCCGAGGGCAGCGUGCUUGGCAGCCUGGAGUUCUGCACCGGUGCGCUGAACACCCGGCUGAUCUUCGUGCUGGGGCACACGGCCUGCGGUGCCAUCAAGGGCGCCACCAAGGCCUUCCUCGAGUCCAAGAAAUCCAACGGGGCCAAGGACGGCCAUGCGCUGGACGCAUUGCUGCGAGGCCUGAGCUCGAUCGCAGAGUCCGCGGCCUCGGAACUUGGGAGCAAGGCCACUGAGGACAGCAUCGCCCAGCACGCCGUGAAGCUCAACGUGUUCCACACUAUCAACUUCAUGCUGCAGCAAAGCGAGCCCAUUCGACAGAAGGUGAAGAGCGGUGAGCUGGAGAUCCAGGGUGGCAUCUACGACUUGGGAAGCGGCCGUGUGCAGCUGCUCGGACUCGGACUGGCACUGUUGUGGGAGCACGAAGUUCCUCGGCCAGAGCCCCGCGCAGGUCAAACUGCUAAAAUCGACGACCGCUGCUGCACCUUCCUUCAUGGCCAAACUGCGCGGCGCAUGAGCCCAAAAGAUGAGAGCACGCCAUCGUUGCAGCUUCCACCUGUGGAGCUAUGUAACUGGUGUACCACUAGCUACGGCUUUAACCUGAAGAUGUCUGUGAUCAUUCCAGGCCAUGUGGGUCUGACAGAAGGGGCGGAAGGGAAUGUUGUGCCGAAGUAUGGAACACGAGCUUGGCCCUCGGAGGUUGCAGCGUUCAACGGGGUCUCAGCUAUGUCCCUGUUCGCGCAGCUGACGGACGCCCUGAACCUGUGCAGCCGCCCAGAAGUGCCUUCGUCUGCCACUUCCCUGACCAUUAGCAGCGGCGCACAUGCGCGGGCAGUGCGCACCGCCGCAGACGAGCCGAUGGAGCCCGAGGACGGCAACAGGCGCUUCGUGGACGGACGCCCGCUGGCCAACAACGCGGACGCAGCCAUGCGCCAAGACCUGGUGGAGCAGGGCCAAGCUCCGCGCACUGCGAUCAUUGGCUGCGCCGACUCUCGUGCGCCCCUGGAGACUAUCUUCGCGGAAGGCAGCAUCGUCGGCAGCUUGGAGUUCUGCACCGGAAAGUUGGGCAGCCGCUUGGUGCUGGUCCUGGGCCACACGAAGUGUGGUGCCGUCUAUCGGGCCACCAAGACGUUUCUAGCCCAGGAGGAAAUGGGUCCUGGCGCAAACGCGGAUGCCAUCACGGCCCACGCGGUCAAGGUGAACGUCUUCCACACCAUGAACUUUCUGCUGAGCUUCAGUGAGUCCAUCUGUGAGGCUGCGAGAAGCGGUCAGAUUCAGCUUCACGGGGGCAUCUACAAUCUGGAGACAGGCAGUGUGGAAUUCUUGGGGAAGAGCCCGCAGCAGGCGGCACUGAAGCUGCUGAAGCAGGGCAACGCGCCCCACAGCGCCAUCCUUGGCUGUGCGGACUUGCGAGUGCCCAUCGACACCGUCUUUCUAUGCCCGGAGACCUCUUCGUGCUCCGCAACGCCGGCAACACCUGCACUCACGCUGCUCGGUGCAGAAGGGAGCAUCGUUGGCAGCCUGGAGUUCUGCGCCGGCAAGUUGGGUGCCCAGCUAGCUGGUCCUGGUGCUGGGGCACACGCAGCGCGGCUCCCCACACUGCUCUCUGGUUGGCUGUGCGGAUUGGAAACCGUCUUUGAUGCCCUUCCCGGGGACCUCUUUGUCCUGCGCAACGCUGGCAACACCUGCACACAUGCCGAGGGCAGCGUGCUUGGCAGCCUGGAGUUCUGCACCGGUGCGCUGAACACCCGGCUGAUCUUCGUGCUCGGGCACACGGCCUGCGGUGCCAUCAAGGGCGCCGCCAAGGCCUACCUUGACUCCAAGAAAUCGAAAUCCAGCGGGGCCAAGGACUGCAGUUUUCUGAGCAUAGCACACAUGGCGAAGCACAACAGAUCU